ACUCUGAAUACAUGCAUAUACUGUACAAAAAAAUUUGCAGUUCUAUAUACACUUCUAUAUACACUUCUAUAUACACUUCUAUAUACACUUCCAUAUACACUGCUAUUGCGCUGCAGUUUGUUUGAUCAACAUCUCACUUCCUUUCUGAUUAUAAAUAGUGGGGGUAACAACAUUUCCUGAUAUAUACAGUUCAGUUUAAGACUGUACUGUGAGGCACAGGUUAGGACAUGGGGAAAAAAGGUAAUUAUCCAACAGUAAACAUCUGAAACUUUUAUUAUUGUAAAUAAAUAUUUUUGAUCUUUUAAAUAUGACAUGUGAUCAGCAUCGUAAACGACAAUUUUCAAUCGUUAGGACCAAGAACAGAGGAUGGCGAAUAUGUGAAUAUGCAGAACUCGCGUCCAAAGCACAAAACAACCCCAGAUAUCUCCGGCCGCACUGAGUUGAAAACACGAAAGACCUUUAUAUCUGCUCUUGGUCUCCUCCUAAUGCUUGGUGCUUUAUCAACACUCUGUGCUGUAGGAAUCUUGUAUCACAAUAAAGUGGUUUCAUAUGAGAUAUUAAGUAAACAGUAUGCUAAUUUUACAGCUACACUGAUCACGCAAGAAAAGAAAGCCAAGGAGACAGAAAGACUGUAUGAAGCGCUGAAGAGUCGAGAUUACUGUGUGGGGAAAGGAGGCCACCUGGUGAUUAUAACCAGCCAAACUGAACAGGAUUUUGGAUCUUCGCAAAUUGGAGAAACACACUGGAUUGGCCUGAAUGACUUGGAGACUGAGGGAAAGUGGAUGUGGGUGAACAACCAGCCCUUAAAGGAGACGGAUGUAAUGUUCUGGUAUAGCGGUCCAGGAGAACACAGUGAGCCUGACAACUGGAAAAGAGAGGACCCUUCAGGAGAGAACUGUGCUGCUCUGGGGGAUGCACGUGGUAACAUACAUAAAUGGUUUGAUGCGUCUUGUAAAAAGAUUUUUUAAAAAGUGUAUCUUUCUAAAAUGAAAUGCUUUUUAUUUGCAUUUGUGCCUGAAAAUAUUUGUGUUUUCAAGAAAGUAGGAUAAUUUUAGCUUGAUGAGUCUGAACAUUUGAUAUUGUAAAACAGCUAACAUUAAAUUUACCUGUAGUGUGAUUAUUAAACAUGUUCACAUUCAGCUUUAAAUCUAAAUACAAGAUAGCUGUGUGCUUUUUUUAUCAGAAGAAUCAUGUACCUCUUUUACAGAAUCCAUUACGUUUCAUUUUCUUCCACGUUGUAAAAUAUCAUUGUAUUUUUAGCUUGUCUUAACCUCUAGAUCAAUAGAACAUGGUGUGAGAUCAUGUCUGUAGUUUUUCUCCUGCUGUAUUGUGGAAGUCUCUCAAAUUGUGCUGAAGGGAUGAACAGUAACUUUCUUUCAAAAGUUAUUCUCUCAGUUGGAAACCUCCAGAGCGUAAUAACAGAGCAGCAGAUUUUUCCUUUAAUUUUACACCCAUCUCUACACAGUAUACUUAUGAAUGAAGUGUGUCUAUUUUAACUAGAUGUAAUGUUAAAAUACUCUGAAUAGCAUUAAGGAAAAUUUAAUAAUUAAUAAAAGUGUGUGAAAAUGUAAUGUGUGUGUUGUAGAUGAUUUGCAUUAAGUGAGAAUUUCAGUUCUAAUGCAGCAAUAUUGGGUUAUGAAGGACAGAAAAAGCUCUAAACAGAAGAGAGCUUCUUUAGUUUAGGAUUACAGUCACCUGAUGGAGGUUCCCACCAGCAAAACACCCUGAUCCAGGGUCAGUUUAAAGUUUUCCCCUCUGCCAGGUAUCUGACACUACAGUUUGAAAUGGAUUCUUUGCCUGCCAUGCUUGUUCAGUCAGUCGAGGUUGUUGCAGCAGUCAUUGCUGUGAGAGAUGCACAACAAAUGCACAGUGAAUUAGCUUUCCCCACACCGUUUCAUAUUUUCAGUGAAGUUAUUAGUAGACUACGACUUACACGACUUGUCAGUUAUGAUACACUUAUUUGCUACUUUUUGAAGUGUUUUUCUAUUUUUUAAUGUUUA